GCACCACGUCACCAGGCACGACAGUGGGCUCUGAGUCAAUUGGCACGACAGCGGGGCACCGGGUCAUCAGGUACCGGAUUUUCUAGCUCGACAGCGGGUAUCGGGUCACCAGGCAUCAGGUCAUUUGGCUCGCCAGCGGGCACCGCGUCAUCUGGCAAGGCAGUGGGCACCGAGUCACCAGGCACGACAGCGGGCUCUGAGUCAAUUGGCACGACAGCGGGCACCGGAUCAGGUACCGGAUCGUCUGGAUCAACAGCGGGCAUCGAGUCAACUGGC